GUGAAAUCGAGCCUUAGCAACGUGAUCAAGUGGAGGCGCAAGCAGCUAAUUAUAGCCUGCCGUGGUUUCCUGAAGCAGCCUAUGCCGGUGGCCGGAUACAAACUGCAGCCAAUCAGAAAGCAGCAGUAAAGCCAAGCCCACUUCUAAUUUCCAUAAAGCGUAGCGAGUUCAAAGGCCAUCGUCCCGGAGGCGGGAGAUACAAAAGGAACCAAUGAGAGCUCAGGAUCAAAACUAGCCUAUCAGAGAGAAAGACACUAAGUGAGCCAAUGAAAAUCCGAAUCGCUGCUACGCCUCAUUUGCAUUCGCACCAAACAAAUAGCCAGGGUGCGUGCGUUAGCCCACACUCCGUUUCCUCGCGCUAGAAGACUCAGAGGUUUCGAUCAUGCCCGAGCCCGCGAAGUCGGCGCCGGCCCCGAAGAAGGGCUCCAAGAAGGCGGUGACCAAGGCGCAGAAGAAGGACGGCAAGAAGCGCAAGCGCAGCCGCAAGGAGAGCUACUCGGUGUACGUGUACAAGGUGCUCAAGCAGGUGCACCCCGACACCGGCAUCUCGUCCAAGGCCAUGGGCAUCAUGAACUCGUUCGUCAACGACAUCUUCGAGCGCAUCGCCGGCGAGGCGUCGCGCCUGGCGCACUACAACAAGCGCUCGACCAUCACGUCGCGCGAGAUCCAGACGGCCGUGCGCCUGCUGCUGCCCGGCGAGCUGGCCAAGCACGCCGUGUCCGAGGGCACCAAGGCCGUCACCAAGUACACCAGCUCCAAGUAGGCUCGUCACGGCUUCCUGCGGACCCAAAGGCUCUUUUCAGAGCCACCACGUUCUCCGGAGAAGCAGCUGUGCUGUUGUG